AUGUCGCUCCCUACUGAGCCCAUCUCGCCCACGGCAGCACCCUUGCCCGCUUUACCAAAAGAAGACCCCCUCACGCCUGCACAAUGGCGCACGCUCCUCGCCAUCGCCGACGCCUGCAUUCCUGCCCUCAAACCGGUGUCGAUCGCAUCUAGCACCGAUCUCGCCGUCGCUGACACCGAGUACGCAACCGCACUAUCAACGCUGAGCGGGCUCAUCCCUGCCUCUGAACCCAAUGCUUCCGCGGCGGCCCGAAAAUACCUCGAGGACAGCGCGUCGGCAAACCCGCAGUUUCGCGAGGAGCUGUGGCGCGUGUUCGCGCUGUACAUGCCAGCUUCGUCGCGGCGCCAAUUAGUCACCGUGCUCAACGUGCUGGACACGCGGGCCGGAGCGCUGGCGCUGACAGGGUCAUUCACACCGAUCAGCGAACAGUCGGUGCUGGCACGCGAGGACGUGAUACGGGGCUGGAAGACGGCGCGUUUGGGAGCGCUGAGAAGCCUGCAUCGCUCGCUUACGGUGCUGUCAAGGCAGACGUGGAUCAAGGUGUCGGAGGCGCUGCCAAGGGUGCUGGGCGUGCCGCGCGUGCCGGUGGGGAUGCGGCCAGGCAAGGGAUACGAGUAUGAGUUCAUUCAACUCCCGCCCGGGCCGAAACCGGAGGUCAUCGAGACGGACGUCGUGAUUGUCGGGUCAGGCUGUGGAGGCGCGGUGUGUGCGAAGAAUCUCGCUGAGGCAGGCCACCGCGUGCUGGUUGUCGAGAAGGGACAUCACUGGGCGCCAGAGCAGCUGCCGAUGAGCGAGCGCGAGGGCUGGAAUCACCUCUUCAUGAACGGGGCGUUCAUCAGCUCAGACGACAUGAGCACGUCAAUUGUCGCGGGCCAGGCGUGGGGCGGCGGCGGCACAGUGAACUGGAGUGCCAGUCUGCAAACCCAGGGGUACGUCCGGCGGGAGUGGGCGGCGACAGGGCUGCCGUUCUUCACGAGCAAGGAGUUCCAGGACAGCCUCGACCGGGUCUGCGACAGGAUGGGCGUGAGUGACAAGCACAUCGAUCACAACCGCGCCAAUGCGAUGCUGCUCGAGGGCGCGAGGAAGCUGGGCUACAGCCACAAGGCCGUGCCGCAGAACACGGGCGGCGCGCAGCAUCGCUGUGGACACUGCACGUUUGGCUGCGGCUCGUGCGAGAAGCAGGGCCCUGUUGUGUCCUAUCUCCCAGACGCGGCGCGAGCAGGAGCGAAGUUCAUCGAGGGCCUGCAUGUCGAGAGAAUCAUCUUCAAGACCGUCGCCGGGAAGAAGGCCGCCACCGGUGUCGUCGGCUCCUGGGUCUCGCGCGACAUCCACGGCGGCGUCGCUGGCGAACCGACCACACGCCGCCCUGUCAUCAUCAAGGCCAAGCGCGUGAUAGUGUCCGCAGGAACCAUGCAGAGCCCCCUACUUCUCCUCCGCUCCGGCCUCAAAAACCCCCAGAUCGGACGCAACCUGCGCGUGCACCCCGUGACAAUGCUCGGCUCUGUCCACGACACCGAGGUCAACCCCUGGGACGGCGCCAUCCUGACCUCCGUCGUCAGCGAGUACGAGAACCUCGACGGCCACGGCCACGGCGCCAAGCUCGAAGUCACCAACAUGCUGCCCUCGGCGUGGCUCAUCUGGCUCGACUGGACCGGCGGCCUGGCCUACAAGCUCGACGCCGCGCGCCUCAAGCACAUGGCCGGCUACAUCGCCAUCUGCAAGGACGCCGGGGCAGGGCGCGUGUACCCCGACCCAACAGACGGACGCGCGCGCUUCUCGUACACGCCCACUGCCAAAGACAAGGCGCACCUCAUGCAGGGCAUACUCGCGCUGGCACGCAUCCAGUAUGUCGAGGGCGCGCGCGAGAUCUUCACCACGACACCGGGGAUGCGCGUGUUCAAGCGUGAAGCCGAGGACAGCGGUGAGGGCGUCAAUGACCCCGCGUUUCAGGCGUGGCUGGGCGAGGUGGAGAGGAAAGGAUUCCCAACGCCAGAGAGCGCGUUUGUGUCGGCGCACCAGAUGGGCACGUGUCGGAUGAGCUCCGCGGAGAAGGGGGGCGUUGUGGAUCCAACGGGCAAGGUGUGGGGAACUGAGGGGCUGUAUGUUGCAGAUGCGAGCGUGUUUCCGAGUGCCAGCGGGGUGAAUCCCAUGGUGACGAACAUGGCGAUUUCGGAUUGGAUUUCGCGGGGCGUUGCAGAGGGGCUGGCGGGGCGGGCGAUGCUGUAG